AUGUCCAAACCUUUAACCGACCAUGAAAAGCGCAAGCAGAUCAGUGUUCGAGGUAUAGCCGGACUGGGUGAUGUUGCCGAAGUCAAAAAAAGCUUCAACAGGCAUCUUCACUUCACCUUAGUGAAGGACCGCAAUGUGGCCACCCCGCGGGAUUAUUACUUCGCGCUGGCGCACACGGUGCGGGAUCACCUGGUGGGCCGCUGGAUCCGCACUCAGCAGUAUUACUAUGAGAAAGACCCGAAGCGCAUCCACUAUCUGUCUCUGGAGUUCUACAUGGGCAGAACUCUACAGAACACCAUGAUUAACCUUGGGCUACAGAAUGCUUGUGACGAGGCCAUCUACCAGCUUGGACUAGACUUAGAAGAGCUGGAGGAGAUUGAGGAGGAUGCAGGACUGGGAAAUGGAGGUCUUGGGCGACUUGCAGCUUGUUUCCUGGACUCCAUGGCAUCUCUGGGUUUGGCGGCAUAUGGUUAUGGCAUUCGCUAUGAGUUUGGCAUCUUCAAUCAGAAGAUCACCAAUGGCUGGCAGGUCGAGGAAGCUGACGAUUGGCUGCGUUACGGUAACCCUUGGGAGAAGGCCCGUCCAGAGUACAUGCUGCCCGUGCAUUUCUAUGGCCGAGUGGAGCAUGCAGAUGAGGGACCGAAGUGGGUUGAUACCCAGGUGGUGCUUGCGAUGCCUUAUGACACCCCCGUGCCUGGUUAUAAAAACAACACUGUGAAUACUAUGAGACUAUGGUCUGCCAAAGCUCCUAAUGAUUUCAACCUGCAAGAAUUUAAUGUUGGAGAUUACAUCCAGGCUGUGCUGGACCGAAACCUGGCGGAGAACAUCUCCCGGGUGCUCUACCCUAAUGACAAUUUUUUUGAAGGGAAGGAGCUCCGUUUGAAGCAGGAGUACUUUGUGGUGGCUGCUACUCUGCAGGACAUCAUCAGACGCUUUAAAUCUUCAAAGUUUGGCUGCAGGGAUCCCGUGCGCACCUCUUUUGAAGCUUUCCCUGAAAAGGUGGCAAUCCAGUUGAAUGAUACUCAUCCAGCUCUGGCGAUUCCUGAACUCAUGAGGAUCCUGGUGGAUAUAGAGCGGCUGGACUGGGAAAAGGCGUGGGAGAUCACCACAAAGACUUGCGCAUACACAAACCACACAGUGUUACCCGAGGCUCUGGAGCGCUGGCCUAUCCACAUGUUUGAGACCCUUCUGCCACGACACCUGCAGAUCAUCUACGAGAUCAACCAGCAACAUCUGGAUAGAGUUGCUGCGCUGUAUCCAGGCGACAGCGAUCGUUUGUGCAGGAUGUCCCUGAUCGAGGAGGGCAACCCAAAGAGGAUCAACAUGGCUCACCUUUGUGUGGUUGGGUCACACGCCGUUAAUGGAGUUGCACGGAUUCACUCAGACAUCGUCAAAACCACUGUAUUUAAGGACUUCUGUGACAUCGAGCCGGAGAAGUUCCAGAACAAGACAAACGGCAUCACACCUCGUCGCUGGCUGCUGCUGUGCAACCCCGGCCUGGCUGACAUCAUCGCUGAGAAAAUUGGUGAGGAAUUCCUGACAGAUCUUUUCCAGCUAAGGAAACUGUUGGACUUUGUCAAUGAUGCACAGUUCAUUCGGGAUGUGGCCAACGUCAAACAGGAGAAUAAGCUGAAGUUUGCAGCUUAUCUGGAGAGUGAAUACAAAGUAAAGAUAAACCCUGAGUCCAUCUUUGACAUCCAGGUCAAAAGAAUCCAUGAGUACAAGAGACAACUGCUCAACUGCCUUCAUGUCAUCACUUUAUACAACAGGAUUAAAAAGGAUCCAAACAAGAAGUUUGUUCCCAGGACAGUAAUGAUUGGAGGAAAGGCAGCACCAGGCUAUCACAUGGCAAAGAUGAUCAUUAAACUGUUCACCUCAGUGGGGGAGGUGGUCAAUCAUGAUCCUGUGGUGGGAGACAGACUCAAGGUCAUUUUCCUGGAGAACUAUAGAGUCUCUUUAGCUGAGAAGGUGAUCCCUGCUGCCGAUCUGUCCGAACAAAUCUCUACGGCAGGUACAGAAGCCUCCGGUACAGGAAACAUGAAGUUCAUGCUUAACGGCGCGCUGACCAUCGGCACCAUGGAUGGUGCUAAUGUGGAGAUGGCAGAAGAAGCUGGAGAGGAAAACCUGUUCAUCUUUGGCAUGAGGGUCGAGGAUGUGGAGGCCAUGGACAAAAAGGGAUACAAUGCCAGGGAAUACUACGAACGUCUGCCUGAACUGAAGCAGGUGAUGGAUCAGAUCAGCGCUGGAUUCUUCAGCCCCAAAGAGCCUGAACUCUUCAAAGACAUCGUCAACAUGCUCAUGAAUCAUGACAGGUUUAAGGUUUUUGCAGACUAUGAAGCAUAUAUCAGCUGUCAAGAAAAAGUUAAUGAACUCUACAGGAAUCCUAAAGAAUGGACCAAAAAGGUCAUCAGAAACAUUGCUGCUUCUGGAAAGUUUUCUAGUGACCGCACCAUCACAGAGUAUGCACGUGAGAUUUGGGGCGUAGAGCCGUCUGAUGUCAAGAUCCCUCCACCCAAUGAACCACGUGAAUGAGGGAGUGAGCAACGUGAUGGUUAGAUGGUGUCUACUGACUCCGUCUUUCCCAGUGUGCUGGUGUGCCUUGACUGGCUUUACCUGAUUCAGAUUCAGGUUUCUCUCUCAUUCUCAGCCUCCUUGAACUUCAUUACUUUAGACUACACACAACACAGAACUCUUUCAGGUGCACUUACGUUGUAGUAUGCUUUAAAUCACUUACUUUCACAUGCACAUCCAAUUACCAUGGUUCCAUUAUGCAAAUUCAAUUUGUUGGUCAUAUGAGACUCUUUAUACAUCAGUUGCAUUCCUUGUUUUACUUUUGAGAGUGGCUGUUGUGUCGAAUUGUUACAGAGAUCAUGCUUUAAGGACAACUGAUUUCAAGAACACAGUGGGACCGAACAAGAGCCUUUGAGUAUUUUAUGUAGCUAAAUCUGCAACCUAAAAAACCAGUGGAGACUUUACAAUCAUUCACAUUCUCAAAUAUUUCUUAAAUGCAUGUCAGACUAUUUGACCACCAACCACCUUUUCUCUGUUUGAAUUCAGUAGAAAUAGUCUUUUUGCUUUUAAAAUGCACGAUAUAACCAGUCAGAAACAACAGCCUUUUUUUUUUUUUUUUUUUUCAGAAGCAGGUUAAAGGGUGCCUUGUGUGCAUACUGUGCAAUAUUAACAACACUAGAAGAACACACCCCUUUGAAAUGCUUCAUAAAAAAAAUGAUAGUGGAGGAUCUAUGGCAGCUGGCUGAUGCAAACUCAGGUUGGCGCUGAUUCAGUUUUUUGCUUUACCAUUUCACAUUGUAUUACCAAAUCACGAGAUGUGUGUCAUUGUAUCGGUUCAUUUUACAAAGCACCUUGAAUUUUGGCAAAUGGAGAUUCAUAAAGCAAACCCUGCCUUGAGCUUCAGAUUGCAGUCUGUCUUGAAUGUAUGCUUAUGGAUGUGACUUUGAACAUUCACCCAUUGUACUGAGGCCUUUUUUUCUUGCUACCUUUUACACAAGUACUGUAUAAAAUUGAUGGUUUUAAAACCAUGUUAACAAAUAAUAAAAUGCUGAAAACAUAAACAAUAUGCUGUUGACUUAAAAUGAAUAAAGGCAAUUCUAAUCGGAUGUUGGAGCGAUAGAAUAGGUUGAUUGUUUUAAAGAUUGAAUGCUGUUGUCAUGUAACACAAUAUUCGUAUCUGUCAGAAUAGUAACGAAUGACCUGAACAGGUGCUGGGUGUGGUAAAAGUGUACACAUGAAUGAGGUAUUGCCUAAACCUGGUACAGUAAACAAAACGGCUUAUCAGCACGUUAAUUCAGUUAAAAUACCCCAAGCUUCUCAUACGUGCUUCCUCGCACUGCUUUAACUAGUUCAACAGGAUUCUUCUGUCCCAGUCUAGUAAAAUUAUUCAACCGGUCAUUACAAGAAAAGUAAUAAUGUGUAAAUGUGUCAUUUUUUACCAUAUAUUUUUUUUCUGCUGUAAACUUUUUUGAUGUUGUAUAAAAGCCUUGUAAAUAAUUGAUAUCAGAAAGUGAUCCAUUUCUUUUCCAGUCUUUUUAUUGUUUACAAGCAAACAUACUGUACUUCCAUCUGUGCAUGUGUCCAGUAAGGUUUAGCAGCUUAGAAGAAAACAAACAUUGUAAACCAUUUGGUACAGUUCGCAAAAAGUAACAGUUGUUGUAAUAACUGGGCAGUAUUUCAUUUAAUUACUAUAUAUGUAUAUAUUGAAUUAAAAUAUGCAAAAUUUGGUCAACAUCAACAAAGAUGGCAGAAUCAAAUCUGUGUUCAGAACAGUAACGUCCAAAUAUUCUGUGGUCCAUUUUUGCAUCCUAGUACAAUGGAAUACAGAAGUGAGCCGCUUAAUAUACAUACAGUAUAGGUAUAUAUGGGUUGGGGUCUUGUAUAUGGUUAUCCUUCAGCUUUAUAUGAAAUUAUUGCACCUGGUGAUCUUGUUCAAAUGAAUUUUUUAUGUUAUUUCUACAUAGUUCUGCACAAAAAUCUACUUCACUAACUAUAAAGAGAUUUUUGAUGUUUUUCUUUCAGUGCAUCAGUCACACACUGGCAGAGGAAAACUUAUUAAAAUGAUUGUGAUACAAAUUCUUUCUGAGAAUAAUCAGCAGAGAGACUAUAUCUACGAUUGAAGCUUGCAUGCACACAUGACCUUGUUAACAUUAUUUCCCCUUAACAAAAAUAAUUAAGCAGAAAGAUUUGAGAUAAAACAAAUACAACCUGACACACCGAGCAACAAUACAGCAGAUUUGGAGUCUUAAAGGGUCUGCGUUACAGUGAAAACAACUUGAAAUAUGCAGAUAAGAAUUAUGAAAUGGUCAGUGCACAGUGAAGAAUAUAUAGUUAGUAUAUUUACAUGACAAGAUGUAAGAGCAAGCCAAAGAUGUGUCAUUAUUGCUCAAUGUUUCGUAGAGUCAUGGAUCUUGGUAUCAAAGUCCUUGACUUGAGUAUUGCCUCAUUUACUUUGUGCAUGUUGAAAUACAUUGCACAUAUUCCACCUAAUUAAAAUACACAAUUAUGAAACAUUGCAAGAUACACUGAAAGGAUCAAUUAGAAUGGACUUGUUAACGUUACUUCUAAAUGUAAAUUAUUAUUUUUUUCCUUUAAAAAAAAAAAAAAAAAAAAA